GAGAGGGAGAGAAAGAGAGAAAGUAUCGAGGUGAGAGAGAAAGAGAGCAAGCGAAACGAGAACGUAGAUGAGCUCCUCCGUUGAAUGACAUUCAUUACUAUUAAACAGAAUAAAAUAUGGAUUAUUUGCACAAUAUUAUAAAUAAUUACUAUGUUUACUACGAUUAUUAAAUUAAAGAGCAAAUAAUAAAAGGGAUGAAAAAACUGUUGUUAAAUAAUUAAUACGAAAGAGGGGAUGAGCGAUAUAAGAAAACUAAAAAAAAUGUAACAAUACAAAAAAAGUUUCAACCGAAAACCGAUAUCGGAUUUAAUAAAAUAUAUAGGGGAGAACACACAAAGAUACAAAGAGCAUAAAAAGUAAGAAAGUGACGAGAACAUGAUGAUCAAGACGAAGGAAGGAUGGAGGUGGAAACGAUUCGUUUGUUAUCGAUUAGUUAACGAUCAUCCUUACAUUACAUUAUUGUAAUUAUAUAAAGUAAACGAUUAUUACCGUAAUAGUUACAAUUAACAAGUUGUUACCGCUUUGUUAUACAUAAUAUAAUUAAUAUACUAAGAUUAAAAAAAAGAAGAAAAAGUAAGCGAAUGCAUCGUUGAUUCGUCCUUUACUUAUGUAGAUACUAAAUACGAUCGACUCUAUAUUGUUUUCAAUGUCUUCACCGUAUUCCUUCGUUUGCUACCCGAUUUCGUUUCGUUGUCGAAUGAUUCGGUUUUGUCGGCUUACCUCGCCCGGACACAAUAUACACACGUUUUACAGAGAUAUUUUCAAUAAACGAAAAAGCUUAACACUCAUACGGUUGUUGUCCUUGCCAUCAUUUGACCCUGUUGUGUAACGGAAUUUUCAUUCUUUCUGUCGGUCACUUCGAAAACCAGUAAACAUCCGGGGGGCACUAAAAGAUGAUAUUACGGUACUGACACUAGAAAACGCGCGAAAUUUGAUUGACCGCAUAAGGCUGCUCCCCUCUGCGAUAACCCGACCCAAACUUUUCUCCAAUUGUUAGAAUGAUAAAACAUGAGGUAAUGCAUCAUCAAAUUUGAAUAUUUCACUAUCACAACAUUUGAACAUCCCUGUCCCACUUGUAGGGACCAACGUAUCAGUUGAACUAUUGCGUCCAAAACUUUAAAAUGGUGCAAUGCAAAACAGUGCAUCUGUACGAUAUUUGCGAAUGCAGCAUAAUAAUUUGCUUAUUCCUCGUUAUACGUUUAUAAACAUUAAUUUUUUAAAUUUAUUUAUCUUUUUGUAAUUGUGUCAUCAUAUUCAAAAUUCUAGGUACUAAAUAGCUACAUCCUGUAACACAUAAAAAAAAUAUAAUAUUUCCGGCAUUGAUCGCAGCUCAUCGGUUUUACUUAUGGAGUUUUUGCCAUAUACAGUCAAGGUACGUCCUGAAUUAAUGUUGAAAGCGGCUUUCUCCUUGGUACUCCAUGAGAUACGUACGUAUACAUCAUCCAGUGUCUUUGGUCGUCCGUAUAUGGUCCCCAAACUGGAAUGAUGAAGCCCGAAUACCUAAUUUCGAAAGAAUAACACAAUCUUUUUGCCGGACCUUUAACACUUCGGGCAAUGUACAAUAAAUAAUAUUGCGGGUCAUGGAUAAAAACCUUCGGUGAGAUUCUGGGAUGUGGGUACUGAAAGAGCACGAUCUGACUUUCUAAAUAAGAGAAUGUUGCAUAGUCGGAUGGUGCUAAUAGUCAUGUUAAAUACGAUGAUUCCGUCUUUUUUUAAGUUGCCUUGAAAAAUGUUAUGUAAUACGUCGAUGAUUCGUCCAGUGACUGCACCAGUGUUCUUAUUAAUUGUAUUCGCGUCGAAUUUAGUAUUGAACGUAAUUUAAUACAUAAAGUGUGUACAAAAUGAAUGUAGUAGUCGCUUGAAACCAUUGAGAAGUUCUCCCCACCCCUCCUGGUGGCGAAUUUUUGAACCUGUCACGAACCUUCCCCAUAAAAUAAUAUAGCGUGCAGCUAAAUAGAACAGCAUUUGAAUAUCUGAAUUCACAUUCCUCGUCUUCGAUCCAAAAAAUGGCGGCUUCUUAACGAAGUUAUCGUAGUCAUGUUUAGGCGAUACAUCAUACAGAUUCCGAAGGCAAAACGUUUGCUAAGCAACCUAACCCGCUAACAAAUUCCCUCUGACACGUCUGAAAUGUAUAUACAAUCUACGAUGUGUGGGUGUGUAAGAUACGUGGAGUAUUUAGUGUGUGAUUCUGCGCGAGAGUUAGGGGGAAUCUGGUAAUGGGUGGGGUUUGAACGAUGAAUCCCUUCUCUCCUCAUGUCUGAUUCGAGUUGAUUCGAGUCAGUUUCGUGUAGUCCAACAGUAUCCUUGCGUUCGACGCGUGACACGCGUUUACUGAUGUCCAUGUAAUGGCAGCGUUAAAUAGACGCAAGGUAAAUAUUGGUCGCAAAACGUAGACCGUCUCCGGAUCACGAUCGAAAGCCAAUCACAGUUUCUAAAUAUAUUUAUUUUCGGUCUGACGGGCGACCGAAAAUAGCGGUACUCGGACAGUGAUCCGUAAAAGUGUGAAGUUUAUAUACGCCCUUACGUAUCAUCUGUCAAGAUAACAAGCAGGACAGACAUACAUUGCGAAAGGCUGGAAAGAGGUGUGGAAAUCUUAUCAACGUUAUCGACACUGCACUCAAUGUAUACUGACCUCAGUUAUAGAAACGUAUUUUUCUCUCAGGCGUACACGAUGUGAAUGAUCGUGGCUGAUACUCGUGAGUCAAAUUAAAAUUUUGGCAAACAGACAAAGAAUUCGCCCUUCGCCAAAUACACAUCUCAUUCGUUUGGCCAAACGUUUGCAUAGAGGUGGUCGUAAUGUAAACAUAUCCGUAAACGGAAUCAAAGAUCAAACUUAUCGUUAUUAUAAGAUGUAAUCUAUUUGGCGAUUUCUGUUGCAAAGAAAUUUUGCAAAGCAUCCUGAUACAUUUAUAUAUUUUCUGCAUUUAUAUGUGUAAAUUCGCAUUUUGUUUAAAUAGGGAAAUUAUUUAUAAUGGAAAAGAAAAGAAGUAUUACUGGCAAAGAUAUAUUAAGGAUGGAUGGUCUUUUGCCACCAACGAGGCGAUUGCCUGUCUGUGAUGCAGUAACUUCAUCGGAUAAAAAGAAAGAGAAAAAGUGGUCGAUCGGAGGCAUCUUUAAACUAAUAUCUUCAAUACGUGAUUAUGACAGUUCCUCAAAUGAUGAAGAAAUGGUAUAUUGCACAAGACAAUCGAGACCUCUUUCAGUGUUCAAUCAAAAGUCUCAUAAUGUUACGCUUCAUCCGGUUAAAAAAAAUUCUGAUCAUCAUUUAAGUAAACAUAGUUCAAGCAAUGGUACUAUUGACAACUCGGUAGACACUGCAAGUCUACAGAGGGAUUCGGUACACUUUCGUAGUAGUGAUGGAUCAUUGGAUAGACUAAAUAAGAAGUUACGUAAAAGUGUACUAAAGGCCAGAAUAGAAGCAGAAAGAGACCGCAUUUGUGCAGAUAGUAGUUCAGAUGAAGAUUCCAGAGUGUCUUGUAAUUCAUUAAAUAGAUUUCAGAAUGAAUCCAGCACUCAAAAUACACAGAAAAGUAGUUCCUGUAAUAGAAAAACUCGCGCUGCACGUACAGAACGUUACAUAAAACGUUUAUCGAAGGACGAGAGUCAUAGAUUUUCAGAGCAAUUAAACAAUGCAAGCAACAAACGCAAUAGUCUCGACUGUAUGAAUGCACAUCAAUCUUUGAAUAUUAACGAAAGUAACCUAUUAUAUCCUCAAGUACAAUCUCGUUCUAUUACACAACCUAAUAGUUACACAUUUCCAGUACAAAGAUCUGUGGAAAAUGUACGACAGGCAGCUUCGUGUAGCUAUCAAACAAAAUCAUCUACUGAACUUGCGAGAUAUCCUUCAAAUCGAUACAUUACAGAUUUAAAUCAAAAUAAUACAGACGCAAAACCAAAUGUUUUGCACAAAGAUAAGCAUAGCAUGAACCACGAAGAGCAAAACUACUUCUCAGCACUAAACUCUGACUAUGCAAAACCUUAUGAUUAUAUAAAGAAUAGUAAGUCUGCACACCGUAGUUCCUCUCCACCAGAACCUCCACCACGGGAUCCUCGUUGCAAAGUGUUUAGCUAUGGAUAUAAUUCUUUCCCAUCCAGUGGAAAAUAUAGAGUAUCAAGAUAUUAUGAGUCUCCACAUCAAAAUGUGGACAAUGUGCACGAACCUGCGAGAGAUCAUUUAAGAAGUACAAGAUCAUAUGACUCAAAUAAUGAGAUAAGUUGGUGUGGUUCAAUCAAACAAUGCCCACGUCGUCCAUUGUCACUGACUGUGAUACCAACACAAUCGUGUAACUCGUCGGAAUGUACAAACAACAGACACAAUUCAACCGGCAGGCACGUAAACGAAUCAAAGUUCCAAGAGACAGAAGCAAUGAAGUGUCAACGAAGAAACAAUCGAAACGAGCAGCUGAACUCAAGAUUCAAUGAUCACAAUGUUCAAAAACGUGAACAAAAAUUGUGUGCAACUUCUGGACAAAACAUAUACAAUUCAAUGCCUGCUAACAGUAGGGCUUUAAAAUCUCCAGAUGCAAAAUCCCCUUCUGAACAAACGCUUCAAGAUCAUUUAAACAAUUCAUUUUUGCUGAGUACAAAGGCAGAGAAAAAGAGCGAUGAACAGGGAACAGUAAUGGAACAAGAUGUUGUGGAAAGGCGAAGAAGUUCGAAGAAUUUGGAAGAAGCAUUGUCUGAAUUAGAAGCAAUAUAUAACAGUUUGUGCCUUGGAGACGAAGAUCUUCUUGAUCGAGCGGAACGGCGUAGCAUGGAAGAGUUCACUCUACGUCGCGGUGAAACAGAUAGUUGUGUCGCGUUAGAUUUGGUGGAUUCACCGGACAGAUCUAAAGACGAUAUGGCUUACAGGAGGAUGCAUCCGAAAGAAAGACCCGCAUCUUUGUCAGAAGUAAUCGGACAAUCAGCGCUCUCUAAUAUCAGCUAUUUAAUGGCCUCGCCUGUCUUGUCACGCAAAGACACAGCCGAUGAUUAUCGGUAUGCCACAAAUUACCAAGCCCGCAAAGACGAACCGGAUGUGACACGCGACGACGUCGUUUAUCGCAGCAUUCAUCAUGCGAACAACACGUUGAAGGUAGCCGAUCCGCAACCACCGUUUGGAAUACCUCUGAGGCCAGUAACUACUGCCACAGAGAGCGACUAUUUGCACACCACGCCAACAAAGCCGGAUCAGCCUCGUUCAUUGUACAUACCACAGUGCGAGCCUGACAUUGUUACAGACGACUUGGCCUAUAGAACCUUGCGGAAGGAUGCCAAUACAGCAAAGAAUGCAACCGAAGGUAAGAUUGGCGUCUUGAAAGAUCAGGAAACCACACUUGGUAUCAAGAAAAAACGAGCGGUCAGAUCUCUGUCCGCUAAUCUAUACGGUCUGAUCAAUCAUGAUCGCAUACACCUUCGAAGGGAACCUAGCCUUCAGGAACUUAAGAUCGGGAUUAGUGACGCGGUGAUCGACGUUAAAUCAUUACCUGCGAAAUCAGAUUGUUUCAGGCGCGUGGUCAGCGACGGCGAACUUUCGGAUUACGAUACUCGAUGGCGAGCUGAAGCGUCGUUGAAAACUAAGAGAACCGAUAUAAACGGUAACCAUCCAAUCUCGAAUAUAAGUCGGAGGAAACUGCGUGUUUACGUAUCACCGUCAACGAGAAUACAGAAUUUUGACAAGAAGAGCGAGGACGAUACCGGAGCACAAAGGUCUGUGGCAUCGACUGGCAUAUUAUCGCAGGCUUUAAGUACUGACUUCUGGCAUGAUCGCUUGCAGGCGAAAUCGAACGAUUCGUCCAAUCAAGAUACCGCAUCAGACUUCACCGCUUAUAGCAAUUUGUGCCAAGAUCUAGUUAAUUUAAUUGAGGGAGAAGAGAAUGCGGAUGUGCAACCGAGUGCAGAAACGCAUGAUAUCGAAGCCGACCAACCGACAAAAGUUGAUAAACCAGAUGAUAGCCGUAAGGCUGACGACACCACGGUUUUACAUAUUCAAACUUUGGGUGGCCAAUAUUUGGAGCGCAACGAGGAAGAUCAUAAGGAAAUCGGAGAUAACGAAGACAUAGAAAGACUGACAGAAUCCAUCUGUGAUUCUAAGAACGAAGAUGUCGAGAAAACUGACGAUAAUGGUUUCGACUUCUAUCUGCGUGUCGCGGACGAAAAUGUUAAACUAAUUGCGGAGGCGUUCAGCAGCUUUGCGGAUCGCUUACGUGAUAGUCGUUUAAGCCAAAAGAAUUCGCUGACGUCGCGGUGUUCUGAAAUAGAAACCGAUAGUACGGCGCCCAAUACCAGCACUCGUAGCUCCAUCACAUACAGUCCAGAAGACGUGAACGACGACCUGUCUUCUUCGUCGAAGUCUACCGACGCCUUAAACAUAGUUCCUAAAAAAAAUACAUCGGUAAGCACAGAUUGGGACCACGAGGAAGUUGAGUCAGAGGAAACGAAAAAUAACUCGAAUAUCGAUCCGGAAUUGGAUCUGUCCAAAGCCGUUCAUGAUCUACAGUUAGCAGCGGCAAGUUUGUGUGAGCAUGAAAAAGAAAUCGAAGAGUUGGAAGCGUUGUGGAAAAAAGAUGCGAGCGAUACACCCAGCAUGGCUCAAAUUGCAAUCACGGAGGAAAAAUUAUUGACAACCUCUGAAAAUACUGGUAUGGUAGAAAAUGAAGACAGAGAAGUAGAAUGUGAUCAAGAGGAAACUGCAUUACCAACCGAUGUUAAAUUGCCGACGGACGAACAUAAACCAGAUGAUGAAGGUGAGAUCACAGAAUGCGAGAAUAUUUGUGGAUCCCACAACAAGGAGAUCGUUCGUUCGAUUGGAAUGCGUAUUUCGUAUGUCACUAACCUCAUAAGUGUUACCAUAAUCACAUAUUUCAUGGUUUUGCUAGCUUGUUUCCUCGCACUGCUUUUAGCAUCCAUAGCUGCAGCAUCAUGACCAGCUCAUUAACGGCAGUGUCUUAACGCAUUAUGUGAAUAGAAGGUUUGAAACAGAGAGGCGUAACUAUUUUGAGGCUAUUAUUAUUUUGAAUCAUGUUACUAAUGUCGUAGGUCUCCCGGCACUUGAUCAUUCAUGAUGCGAACCGCUCUAGACGAGUGCAUAAACUAACCGAUAUACAUGGCGUUCUCAACCGACAUGCGGCGGAACAAUUGAAUUUGUUUAAAGUCGAGUUUCUAUGGACUGUUUUCAGGCAGAAUGGUGUGUUCUUGUUGUUCUUGUUAAUAUUGUUGGUUUUAAUAAAGUUUAAAUGUUGACUAGGUA